GGAAAAAAAAUAUUUAAAUGCUGAUAGGAAUUCUGCUCCGGAUCCUCAGAGACUACCAAAUCUGUGUUUAUUCAUUAGCCUCCUCCAGUUACACCUAUGAACCUAACUGGAAGAAUUGUCUUUGUUUUGACUCUGGAGCUGUUUCCUGGAGACUUGUUGGGUGAGCGACAGGGAUUCGGGAGAUAGGCAGGUUAGAGGUGUGCUUUUUGUGGGGUUGUCUUCACUUCCAAGUAUUCACCUGUCAGCUUGGGGACCAAAAAGCACCGAGAGCUUUUUUUCGCACCGGUAUCUAGAUUCACGAACCAGCCACGUCACUUAGUGUUGCUUUUUCCUUAGGAUUUUUUUUUUUUUUUUUUAGCCCUGGCAGCUUUGAACGUAAGUGCUUGAACCUGCGUGAUGGCUGGAAUUGGCUUUGGCCUGGAGACCUUAAUUUGUCACGAUGACUGGCGGCUGCACUCCCCCUCCCUGGAAGCGCUCUCGGCGUCUGAGACACUCAGCGCUGGCUGGAGGGGCGGAGCCAGAGGGAGGCGGGCGGCCGGCGCCUCCGGUAACCUAGCAACCGUCGCCUUGGCAACCGGCAGGAGGCGGGAUUGAGAGAGGAAGUCGUAGUGCGUCCUAGUCUCGCGAGAAUUACUUUUGCGCGCGAACUGUUAAGUGCAAGAGGUCCAGUGGGUCAGAUUGCGGCUGAACGCUGUGCUGGAACUUGGGGGGCGCCACGGAAUCAUCGGACCUGGUCAGCGUCGUCCCCUGCCAUGGAGGCCUCAGCGCUCAAGCAGCAGCAACAACAGCCCGCGGCGACCAAGACCAGGAACCUGCCCUGGGUUGAAAAAUACCGGCCACAGACGUUGAACGAUCUCAUCUCUCAUCAGGAUAUUCUGAGUACCAUUCAGAAAUUUAUCAGUGAAGACCGACUGCCACACUUGCUCCUCUAUGGCCCUCCAGGGACAGGAAAGACGUCUACCAUCCUAGCUUGUGCUAAACAGCUCUACAAAGAUAAAGAAUUUGGCUCCAUGGUCUUGGAGCUCAAUGCUUCAGAUGACCGAGGAAUAGAUAUCGUUCGCGGGCCAAUCCUGAGUUUUGCUAGCACAAGGACAAUAUUUAAGAAAGGCUUUAAACUGGUGAUCUUGGAUGAAGCUGAUGCCAUGACGCAGGACGCCCAGAAUGCCUUGAGAAGAGUGAUUGAGAAAUUCACUGAGAAUACCAGAUUCUGCCUCAUCUGUAACUAUCUGUCAAAGAUCAUCCCUGCCUUGCAGUCCCGGUGUACGAGGUUCCGAUUCGGUCCCCUGACUCCUGAACUCAUGGUUCCCCGCCUGGAACACGUCGUAGGAGAGGAGAACGUUGACAUAACGGAAGAUGGAAUGAAAGCACUUAUAACUCUUUCCAGCGGAGAUAUGCGACGAGCUCUAAACAUCCUGCAGAGCACCAAUAUGGCCUUUGGGAAGGUGACAGAGGAGACAGUCCACACCUGCACAGGGCACCCGCUCAGGUCAGACAUUGCCAACAUUCUGGACUGGAUGUUGAACCAAGACUUCACCACGGCCUACAGAAAUAUUAUGGAGUUGAAAACUCUGAAGGGGCUGGCGUUACAUGAUAUCCUGACAGAGAUACACCUGUUCGUGCACAGAGUUGACUUUCCAUCUUCAGUUCGGGUACACUUGCUAACCAAAAUGGCAGACAUCGAGUACAGACUCUCCGUUGGCACUAACGAGAAGAUUCAGCUGAGUUCCCUCAUUGCUGCUUUCCAAGUCACCAGAGACCUGAUUGUUGCAGAGGCCUAGAUGCCCUGAGGCCUGUGGACUAGUUUUCAGGGCCCGGCCAUGCCUCAACAGAGGACUGACUCGGUGACGUGGGGCCAUGGGUUGAAGCCAUAAUCACCCCCAGUCUUGGAAAACUCCAUUCCAGGCAUGGAUGGGCAGAUGUUUAAAAAGUAUUGUGUAUGUGGUUAUUUGGAGCAGGGAUGUGCAAAAGGAUUUUAAUGUAUUUAUGUUCCUGCACUGCCCAUCUGUCUUGUCUACAGAAAUAAAAAUAACCUUUUAUUCAGCCCUCAGGCUUAUUCCUUCAGUUGCUUGAUGACAGGAAACUGGCCUACCACAUUUAGGUCUGGAAUAUAAGGCUUUCAAAUCCUAUAUGGUCCAAGUGUCUUCUAACUCAAGGUAAACAGCUCCAAAAUUAUGACUCUAAAUCUUUGACACUGUCUCAAUUUACAGUAAAGAAAGUAGGUAUUCUUGGUUCUGGCCGAAAUGACCAUACUUUGGGGCCAGCAGGUGGCGUGGUGGUUAAGGCAUAGACUCCC